AUGGCAUUCACAAAGAAGAUCAUCGCAGUUGUCGGCGCUACCGGCACACAAGGAGCAUCAGUUGCUCGCACAUUCCUGCACCUUCCAAACUGGCAUGUUCGCUGCCUCACCCGAAAUUCUGCUUCCGAGAAAGCACGACAGCUCGCUGAACAGGGCGCCGAGGUUGUCGAGGCCAACCUCAACGACAAAGAAUCCCUCCGUCGAGCGUUCACCGGCGUACAUGCCAUUUUCCUCAACACAGACUUUUGGCAAACCUAUCGCGAUGCUCUCGCAUCGGGCAUUGAUGAAGCGACAAGUGCCAAACAAGGCUACGAGGCGGAAAUUACCUACGGAGAGAAUGCAGCGAAUAUCGCUGCUACGAUUCCCACGCUGGAAAGGUUGAUCUAUUCGGCUCUUGGCCCAAUGAAUAGGGCUUCGGGUGGGAAAUACUCGCACUGCCAUCAUUGGGAGACCAAGGCGCACAUCGUCGACUACAUUGAGACUCAGAAGCCCGAAUUGUCAAAGAAGACAUCCUUCAUCUACAUUGCUUGUUACAUCAGUAAUCCGUUCUUGUAUCCCAAGUUCCAGCCGGAGAACAAGCAAUUUGUGUCUGUCAUGCCGGCUAGCAAGGCUAUGCGCAUGCCCAUUAUUGAUACUCCCCGCUCAACUGGACCAUUUGUCAGAGCUUUGGUGGAGGAUGAAGCCUCAGGGACAAAAUUGCUUGCUUACGAUGAUUACAUCUCUAUCGGAGAGUUGAUGGAAAUUUGGACCCGAGCCCUUGGAAAGCAGGUUGAGUUUGUUCAAACGACAGUCAAGGAUUUGAAUGAAAGUUCUGGCAUCCCAGUUGAGAUUUUGACUGGCCCAGCAUUUGUUGAUGAGUUUGGGUACUCUGCUGGAGUGGAGAACAUUAUUGAGCCUGCUCAGUUGAAGUCUCGUGUACAGGGUCAGAAGUUUGAGGAGUGGCUGAAAAGCCAGGAUGUUGCCGAGCUGCUUAAUUUGAAGGAGUUGAACAAUGGGGAUGGGCUUGUACAGUAA